UUAUUCUGUUGAAGCUGGUUGUAAUUGAGGGGACCUAGUUUUUGCGAGACGAUAUGUGGAGAAUGGAUGCCGCAGUACUAUUUUGUACAGUUUGUUUUGCUUUUAGAAAAGAGUCAGUAAAAGACGCGCCACUGUAUGAAAGGUAGGGUUUUUCAACGUUUUACUUGGAAAGCUGUGGUUGUUUCCUACUGGCUUGGUACUUGAGAGGGAAACGUGAAUACAAAACCUUUGACGUCCAACCGAUCAAUUCGUACAAAGAGAAAAACCUAGACUGUUUUGUAACCUCCUUUGUAACUCAUAAGUACAAGGAAGGCCCAGAUAGGGAAACGUUGAGCUAUAAGUUUCGGUCCACAGUGAUAACACCAAAAACUCAUACUAUAUCGUUACCUUUUCUAGAACAACCUUGUUACCCUAACAAAUUCAUUUAUUAAUCACAAACUAUUUUGACUGCUCUAUAUAAGACAUCCUUCGUGUACCCAGUCAACUCCAACAACAAGGCUUGACUUUCUUCAUGAAAUGGGCCAUUUUUCAUUUAUCAAUUUACAAAUUGCUUCACGUCGGCCAUUUUUUGUGGUGUUGUGGUGACAGAGUGUUUGAGUGUGUGGAGACAUUUCCUUCUUGUUAAAAGUUGUCUUGUUUAAGAACUCAAGUUAAUUGGUUUUUUAGUAACAACUGGAAUAGGGAAUAGAAAUGAGUGACCGUGAAGUGUCCGUAAUGGGUCAAAAUUUCCAAACCAACCAGACAAGAGACCAAACCCUUGCCCCCUCCGCAACUUCAAAGACAAGUCCUCCGACACAAACUGUCAACAAGUCUCAAGAAGCAGCUUCCGGCACACCAAACAAAGAACCGGAUACAAACAAAGUUGCUGCUGCGACGCGAAACAUUGGAACAGAAACUAACGCACCAUCCGUCUCGUCGGCUACCAUCUAUGUGGGAGACUUACACCCCGAAGUAAACGAGGCCAACCUAUUCGAAGUAUUCUCAGCUAUUGGACCAGUAGCUUCUGUUAGAGUCUGUAGAGAUAUAGUUACAAGGAGAUCCCUGGGUUACGCUUAUGUAAACUUUCAUAGCAUGGACGACGCAGAAAGAGCUUUAGAAACGAUGAAUUUUUAUGCUUGUCCCCAAACUAGAGAUAAACCAAUGAGACUCAUGUGGAAGAAUAGAGACCCUACCAUACGCAAGUCGGGAGCAGGAAAUGUUUUCAUCAAGAAUCUAGACAAGGCCAUAGACAAUAAGACUCUAUUCGAUACCUUCUCCGUAUUCGGGAAUAUCUUGUCCUGUAAAGUAGCAACAGAUGAUGAAGGAAACUCUCUUGGGUACGGUUUUGUUCACUUUGAGAAUCCAGAAGAUGCAGAAACUGCGAUCAACAAAGUAAACGGAAUGCUGCUUAAUGAUAAACAGGUCUACGUGGGUUAUUUCAAAAGCAGACAAGAAAGAGAGGCUAGUGAAGAAACUCAUAUAUUUACUAAUGUUUACACCAAGAACUUGAUUCCCUCCAUGUGUACUGAGGAGAAAAUUCGAGAACUUUUUUCUCUAUAUGGAGAAAUCACUUCAGUAUACGUUCCUGUAGAUGAAAAUGAGGUACCUAAGGGAUUCGCAUUUGUAAACUUUGCGAAACCGGAAUGUGCAGCCAAGGCAGUUGAAGAAUUGAACGGAAGAGAUUUCGAGGGAAAAAGUUUGUAUGUAGGAAGGGCGCAGAAAAAGGCUGAAAGAGAGGCUGAGUUAAGAAGAAAGGCUGAAAACAAGCGGGCAGAAAUCCUGAAAAAGUAUCAAGGUGUUAAUUUAUAUGUCAGAAACCUUCCAGAUGAUAUGGAUGAAGAAGGAUUGCGGAAAGAGUUUUCAAACUUCGGUACAUUGACUUCAUGCCGAGUAAUGCGAGAUGACAAAGGAGUUUCUCGAGGAUUCGGUUUUGUUUGCUUUAGUACGCCUGAGGAAGCCACUAAAGCUGUGACUGAAAUGAACGGAAAGAUGAUGGGUAAAAAGCCCUUAUAUGUUUGUUUAGCGCAGAGGAAGGAAAUCAGACAAGCUCAGUUAGAAGCACAACGUAUCGCAGCUGCCGCAGGUGGUUUGAGAAUUCCAGGAGCAGUACCAGGUUCCCUAUAUCCUCAACCAGGAGCUCCAAUGUUCUAUCCACAGCCUGGUGUGCCUCCUCAAAUGCAACUUCAGACAAAUAUGAUGGGUAGAGGACAAGCUUCCUUCAUUAAUCCUCAGUAUUUGGCCAUGAUGGGUCGCGGAGCAGCAGCAGCAGCGGGUACAUCAUCCGGAGGAGCAGGAAUGGGUUCAGGGCCUGUCAAUCAAAACUUUAUUGGCAGAGGAACUCCAGUUAUGACUAGUCCUACUGGUGGAAGAGCGCCGUAUCCUUCAGCUUCUGGAGUGGGUACCAAUGCUGUUCCUCAAGUUGGAGCGUCGCCUCCUUAUAUGCCCUACUCCGUAUCUUCUAUGCCGCAAAAUCAGAGACAGAGAAAUUAUCAAGGAAGUGUAACAAAUCCAAAUUCAAUGUUGUCUCAGAAUGGAAUGCAAUCUACUUCAGGUAGAAUGCAGCCGAAUAAUUCGAUGAUGGGUCGUGGUGGAAGAGGAGGAGCGUCGGCACCUAAUGCCGCUGGAAUGACUCCAAACAAUAUGCCUAUGCAGUUGAAUGGGCAACAAUUCAAAUAUACUAUGAAUGCAAGAAAUGCAGCUCCGGUGAUGAAUCAGGAAAGAGUCAAUCCAGAGGAUAUGUCUCAAGAGCAACGGCAACAACAACAAGCGAGACAAGCAGAUAAUGCAACCUCUUCGGCUUCGUUGAUUGCUCUGUUGACUAAUGCCUCUCCGGAACAACAAAAGCAAAUUUUAGGAGAAAGACUAUAUCCUUUGAUUUAUGAACGGCAACCUGGUUUGGCAGGGAAAAUCACAGGCAUGUUAUUGGAAAUGGAUAAUUCAGAGGUGCUACAUUUGAUCGAAUCACCAGAUGCCCUGUCAGAAAAGAUAGAGGAAGCUUUGGCUGUGUUGCGAGCACAUGCGGAGCAACAAAAAGGUUCCACGCAAGCGGCUACGGGUACUACUUAAAAGCUAAACAUAAAAAGUUUAUAUCCUAU